AUGCCGCCCUACCUAUCUCCCCUACAUAUAGCCAAACCCUCGCUACCACCGAACUGCGAACCUGCGAACGAGUUCCUCUAUCACCUCUCAGCCUUCUUCCACACCUGCGUACCUACGAACCUCGCGCUCGUCUCUACACUGCUCGGCACGUGUAGCAUCGUAUCAUGGCUGUUCGCGCAACUGCCGCAAAUAUACAAGAACCAUAAGCUGAAGUCGACGUCGGGGUUAAGCGCCUUCUUUCUGACGGAAUGGCUGCUGGGUGAUGUUACGAACUUGUUGGGGUGCCUGUUUACUGGACAGGCGUCGUGGCAGAUCAUAAUCGCAGGUUACUACGUCUUUGUAGACUGCUGCCUGUGUGCUCAGUGGGUGUGGUACGAGAUGUUGCAUCACGGAAGGCCCCUGAGACCCAUCUGGGGACGUUGGAGCAGCGGUUCGGGCGCUGGAGGCUCUGCUAUGCAUCAAGUCCUGGAUGGCAUGAGCAUAGGUGGUACAAACAAGACAUCCAGCCCUCCAAAGACACCACAAGAUUCGUCCGACAAGAAGAGCAACACACAAGAUAGUGCGGCAAAGGAUGUACCGCGCUCAAAUGCAAAGGACACUUUUAGGAUACCCAACUUUGCGCGCUCGCCCAUGCCUACGAAAGACUCGUGGCAGAACACACCUCCAUCUGGUGCAUCCCCGAACCCCAAGGUGCGGGUAGCAGCAUCGAGCUCACCUAUGCCCUCACCCAAGACUGUCCUAUACGUCAGUCUUAUGCUCGCAGUGCUUAUCAACCCUACUACCGCUACACCAAUAAGUCCUUUCGCCCCAGGUCUCGUCCGAGCUCGCAGCCUCUCCGCCUACACAACCACAACAACCACCUCAUCCAACGCUUCAGUAAUCGCCGGCAAAGUCUUCUCCUGGAUGAGCACGUUCCUCUACCUUGGAUCCCGUCUUCCGCAACUCUACAUGAACCAAGUCCGCAAAUCGACAGCUGGUCUCUCACCCGCGCUCUUUGCAGCAGCCUUUUUCGGUAACCUCUUCUACUCGACUUCCUUACUCACAAACCCUUGCGCAUGGUACGACUACGCGCCCGGCGAAGGCUCAGGCUGGGUUGAUCCUCAAGGCAGCGUAAGGAAGGAUUGGGUUCUACGCGCAGCACCUUUUUUCCUUGGCGCAGCAGGCGUUCUUCUCAUGGAUGCAGCAGUCGGCCUCCAAUUCUGGUAUUUCGGUGACGCCACACCACGAGGUCGAUCUCCAUUGCCCCGCGACGACGAAGUCAUCAUCACAGUCGACGAUCACGGAAAGCUGGUGCGCAGGAGUUUGCAUUGGCGCCGCGUGAGCGGGUGGAUGAGGGGCUGGGCACCUGCUGUUAGCGUAGCUGCUACGCCGAACGUGAGCCGUGCGAACACGCCCAUGGAUUCUCCGAGAGAAACUAGUCCGGCGAGUUUGGCUGGAAGUAGUUCGAGCAAGAGCAUUCCUAUCAAAAGGAAGGGCAGUGCGUUGGAAGAAGCCAGGGCGCUUUUGGGAACGAGUAGACAUGCGAGUCCGAGGAGUUAUGGGGCCGUGGGUAGUCCUCGGUAG